AUGGAUGAUUCUUCAAAACCACAGCAUACAAACCCUAGUUCUAGCAACCCACCUGGUUUCGCUAUUGGUUCCACCGCAUCAUCCUCUCCUCCUUCCACCGGAAACAACCCACCACCACCACAACCACCGCCUCCACCACCGUCAUCGCCACAAGGUGUUGCCACCGCCACCACAUCAAGCAGCAAAAGAAAGAAACCCUCCACUGAUGAUCAAGGCGAACAUGAGGAAUUUCAAGAUGAUAUUGACGCCGGUGGUAUUACACGAACGAAAUGCCAUCAAACCAACAAAUCAACCGCCGGAGAUGACGUUGCCGCCGCAGCAGCCAUGAACACCGCCAGCGGCGGCAGCCCAAGGAGGAGGAGAGAAGAGAUUGCUCUUUUGAAUGACAUUCUUGACUACUGCAAGAAAAAAGGGAGAUGCCCAGCUGACCAUUUCAAACAUUUGCAUAAAUUCUAUAAGAAUUGGGUUGAAAGACGAACUAGGGUUUACAUGAAUGAAAUCGUUUUGAAUAAUAAGAUGGAAGAUUUGCAUGUAAGAUUCGUGCAGAAUCUUGGGAGGACAUGGGAUGGUGAAGAAAUAGAAGAGUGGAUGGAUCCCAUUGAUGUUGAAAUCUAUGAGUUAUCGUAUAGUAUUUGGGGGGAAGAAGACGAUGAUAUCGGAUUCCAUGACGAUGGUGGUAUGAACGAUUCGAAAGAUGAAGAACAAACUGGUGAUCCGAAAGAUUCGAAAGAUGAAAAGACCAAACAUGAUUUGGAAGAUUCAUCUGAACAAGAAACUGAUGAUGAUAAUGGUACCAAAGAUUCAACUGAACAAGAAACUGAUGAUGAUAAUGGUACAAAAGAUUCGACUGAUGAUGGUCAUGAUGAAACCGAAGAUUCGAAAGCUUUGAAAGCUUCAACUGAGCAAGAAACCGAUGAUGAUCAAGAAACCGAAGAUUCGAAAACU